CCCGGCCCCCUCACCGGGUGCUUGAAAUCGACCCCCUUUUCUGGCAAAGAGCGGUGGUGCGUGCGGGCCGGUUUAGCAUCGCCCGACGCCGAGUCAGCCAGCUGUGGGGCGGGAGGUCCUGGUGUUUGUAUCCUAACGCGCGUAAAACGAACCCCGACAUUGCGCCUGCAGAACGUUUGGUGGUGGACCCCUUGUGGGAAGUCCCCUUUGUGCCUCCUUGUUACGGGUUGGGUAAGUGAUGGGAACGCAACCCUGGAUGACAGUUCAGACCAACAUUCUUGAGCACCAGUCGGGGUGCCAAGCUUCGUGGGGAGGACCCCUAAUUGACAUGAAAGAGAAAGCCUGGGCCUCGGAGGAGCUCAUCCUCUUAACCGAAAAGAAAUCUCCACCAGCAGCUGCAGAUACAGACAAUCCGUCUUGGAGUACAAGCUCAGUAUUUCAGUACAGGAGCUUAUUAGGAAGGAAAACGAAUGGAGCAGGCACCUAACUUCCUGGCGUUCACCCUUGCUACAAAACAGGGUAGAAGGCCCACGUCAUGUGUUCACAAACUUACCAUUAAGUUGAAUUAAGAGAGCAAUUUGAGAAGCAUAAACUGCAAAAAUAUAUAGCAAAAAAAAGUUCAUGCCAUUACAGUGAAAAGACCAGAGCAUAUAAAAGUUACUACAUUUGAACAAAAUUCCUUAGUGACUAAGAAAUGCACCUUUAAUGAAUUCUGAAGAGAAGAAACCCUCCUCUGAAUCCUAACAUUUUGUCAGGAGAGUAUAGUAAAAGAAGGUGAUGUUUGAGCAACCUGAUGACACUGCUUUGGAGAGACUGGAUGGGUGAAAAUGGUGCUGUUGGACUUGGAUUGUUGGUGCAUUCCGAGGAAGCAAUCUCUGUCCUCUUUGGUUUCCCCCAAGGAACAACAAACUUAAAGAAGAGAAAAAUAUCCACCCAAAGUUUAGAGAAAGAUACCCCAUGCUACCCCAUCACCAGAGAAGUCUGGGCAGAGACUGGACAGCACCGUGGGAGACUCUGCAGAGGGGCUGCUGGAACAGACACCUUUCUAGCUGUCUGAGGUGGCCUGGACAUUACUCUCAGGCCCCUUACCCGUAUUUGAGUAGUAGGCAUUUUUCACUGCACUGGAGGCCACCUUGUUUAUUUGAGUCUAGAAGUCAGUUUCAGUGCUGGAACUGGAGACCGGACACCCUCAGCAGAACAGCCUUGAGUCAUCUCUCUAGUCACGUCAUGAACUCUGAGGGAGGUGAGCCUUCAUCGAAACGAAGGAAACACCAAGGCAUUAUAAAACGGCAUUGGGAAUAUAUAUGUAACCACAAUAAAGAAAAAACGAAUGUCCUAGAAGACAUAAAUGACUCGACAUGUGAAGACACUGAGAACAAGUUUGACUUUUCAGUGAUGUCCUAUAAUAUACUUUCACAAGACUUAUUGGAAGAUAAUUCUCACCUGUAUAGACACUGCCGGCCGCCAGUACUUCACUGGAGUUUUAGGUUUCCCAAUAUUCUGAAAGAAAUUAAACAUUUUGAUGCAGAUGUACUUUGCUUGCAAGAAGUUCAAGAAGAUCAUUAUGGAACAGAGAUCAGGCCGAGUUUGGAAUCGUUGGGUUAUCACUGUGAAUACAAGAUGCGGACGGGAAAGAAGCCAGAUGGCUGUGCCAUUUGCUUCAAACAUUCUAAGUUUUCCCUCUUGUCCGUGAACCCAGUGGAGUUCUACCGCCCCGACGUGCCUCUCUUGGACAGAGACAAUGUUGGCCUGGUGCUCCUCUUGCAGCCCAGAAGUGCCAGUGCUGCCCCUCCUGCCAUCUGCGUGGCUAACACACACCUGCUGUAUAACCCUCGGCGAGGCGAUAUUAAACUGACCCAGCUGGCGAUGCUCCUGGCAGAGAUGUCCAGCGUCGCCCGUCAGAAAGACGGUGGGCUCUGCCCCAUUGUGAUGUGCGGUGACUUUAAUUCUGUUCCCGGUUCUCCGCUCUAUAGUUUUAUAAAGGAAGGAACAUUAAAUUAUGAAGGACUGGCCAUAGGGAAGGUAUCUGGCCAGGAACAGUCUUCACGGGGACAAAGAAUUUUAUCUAUUCCAAUUUGGCCCCCAAACCUAGGUAUCUCACAGAACUGUGUGUAUGAGAUACAGCAGGUUCCAGAAGUAGAAAAGACAGACGGUGAUCCAACACAGACACAGCUGGAUAGACCUGAGGUCCUGGUGACAGCCGAAAAAUUAUCUUCAAAUUUGCAGCACCACUUCAGCUUGUCAUCUGUUUAUUCACAUUACUUUCCUGACACUGGAAUUCCAGAAGUGACCACCUGUCAUUCCCGAAGUGCCAUAACUGUGGAUUACAUUUUCUACUCUGUUGAAAAAGAGGAUGUUGCUGGGCAGCCAGGUGCUGACGUGGCUGUGGUUGGUGGCUUGAAGCUUCUGGCUAGACUGUCCCUCCUCACAGAGCAAGACUUGUGGACCGUCAACGGGCUUCCGAAUGAAAACAACUCUUCCGACCACCUACCUUUAUUGGCUAAGUUCAGACUUGAGCUCUGACGCUUCUGUGAUGACAUACAUACUUUUCAAAAUGUUUUCUUUUUCAAAGAAUAGGAAACUGUUUUUAAGAGUUUGCAUGUUGCUUAUUUUUGCGCUGUGGAGCCUCUGAAGAGGUAUGUUAACCGGUUGAAACAGAUCAGAAGAAGAAAGUUUACAACAGUUUUUUAAUAAUGAAAAAAAUAUUUUCCUGAUGAGUGAGAUCUAAAUGUUCUUUAUUGUAAAAGAAUGUAAAUAUUUUUUAUUCUUUAUCUCAGUAAGAUUGACAGUGAUUUUUAAAUA